AGUUGCUGAAGUAAAAGAAAUCUCUAUCCUCCCCAUGCUAACUGUUGACAUGGAAAACAAGGAAAAUGGCUCUCUGGAUGUCAAAAAUUCAGUAGAGAAUGGGAGACCUCCAGAUCCUGCUGACUGGGCUGUUGUUGAUGUUGUGAAUUAUUUCAGAACAGCUGGAUUUGAAGAACAAGCCAAUGCCUUUCAAGAACAGGAAAUUGAUGGCAAAUCAUUACUGUUGAUGACAAGAAAUGAUGUACUGACUGGACUUUCAUUAAAACUGGGGCCUGCGCUGAAAAUCUAUGAAUAUCACGUAAAACCUCUACAGACACAACAUCUAAAGAACAACUCUUUAUAGCGUAUCGUCUAAUUGGGGUCAUGUUGUGCCUCAAAGAGUAAAUAAGCAAUUUGGUUUCAUGUGAUGGAACUUUGUAAAGAGAGAAUAUAUCUAUUAAGAAUUUAAACCAAAUGACAAUAUAUAUCCUAUUGGAUAGAGUUGGCAAUAUACUACAUACUGAGUCUGAACUGAGAGAGGUGGUGUGUAUUUUUUAGAUAGUACAUAAUGAUUUUCUCUUUUAGGAAGUGUCAGUGGGCAUGUUGAGAUAGCUACAGCACUGUGUCCAGAACAAAAGGCAGGUAUGUCAUUCUCAUUUUUGAGCCAGACAUGUUCUUGAUUUCGUGAAUUACGAUACCACCCCACCCUCCUCCCCCUCAAAUAAAGUUUACCUGCAUCUUUGGGAGAGAGAAACCAAUUGAAGUAGGUUUUGGUUUAUACCGAAGACCUACUAAAAUUAUUACCGCUUGUAAUUUUAGGAUGGGGCACUUGCCAACUCACCCUUUUUUGCAGAGGGUCCUAUUUUGACCUUAUUAAGGUUUACUCGUGGUAUGCUGCAAUGUUUAAAGCUGUACAUACAACUAACAUAACCCCUUCGGUAGCAGAAGGCGUUGCUGACAGGUGAAACUGGGUUGUGUAUUUUUUUGCUGUCCUUUAAAUUUUCAGCUUGUUUUCACCUGUUUUUAAUAGUAGUUCUAUGUAAAGUAUGGUUGUUUUUUAGAAGUUUCUGUUGCUUUGCAAAACAAAAAAAGCUUCAUUUUACUCCUUUCUUAAUUUAUGAUAACUUGUUUUCAGACAUUUUUUGUAUGCAGAAAUUUGUAAAAGGAGUAAAAUUCUGCACAUUUUUAAUAUUGUCUGUCAUUGGUGGUGUAAUGGUUGAUUUAUUAGUUUUUUUAAAUGCUUAACAGUUUGAAUACUUGUUUUAAAAACUGAAAGAAGCUGUCUCAUCACCAUACAUCUCUGUUAAAAGAGAGUCUUGUUCAAUCUGUUUGUACCAGUUCUCUAUUUGAUAGGUUGCUUGCUAUAUCCCAAUAAAGCAUUGCUUAUGUUUG